AUGGUAAACAAGCCCAUACGAUGCGCGAACAAGGCCGCCGAGAGCGCGUCUGCACGUCUCUGUGCGGACGCCGAAGCAGAAACAACAGCAACUGAUGUCCCAUCGGUUGCUGAAGCGACUCAGCCUGUGUCACUUGGUGAUGCAGGUGCUGGUCAUGAAGACACUCGUGUCUUCACAGAGUACGAGCUCGGUGUCUCGUACUCUCCUGAUACGGAUGACGGAUCCGUAUCGACGGCGAUUGAAUCUAAGCCGCCUGCCAAGCGUGGCAUGGACGAUGCUUUGCGUCGCAGCAUCUUUGGUUCAUCUGAUGAAUCAGAUGAACCAUCGCCGAAGCGAAGGCGCUCGAGGUCGCGAGACUCGGGCGCUUAUAGUGGUGUCGGUUCUCCUAUGGACACCACUUCACAGAGAGGUGCCAGUACUUCUGUCGGCACGUCGCAGGAAGAUCGGGACCGCAAUGUGUUGCGUCUCGCUCCUGAGAAGAAGGCAUGGAUGCCUCCCAAAUCAGUCAUGGAUCACUUGUCGGCGACGACGAGUGAUCGUUAA